UUUUAGGUUCUUAACUGUCCGUGUGUACCUAACUAAGUUUUGUUUAUAUGAAAGAACAAUGUUUGAUGUAAGCAAAGACAAGUUGAAUAAAUAUUCGACUGAAUCUAAUAAGUAGGCAUAUUUCUUAAGGAAGUACAGUAUGGUAAUGCAAUUGCAAUUACGGCCUUAGACAAAUUGUUUUUGUUUAUCACUGACCUGCUACGCUAUCUCUAUUACUGAUGUAUUUAUUUACGUUGAGUGAACUAUAAUCAUAACGACCCUUGACAAAUGACUCUAUAUGUUAACGGGAGAUAAGGCACAACGCUUAGUUACAACUUGAAAAACGGAUCGGGAAGACGACUUUAACAUAUUAUAAAUAUAAUAAAUAAUAAAAAAUGGCAAUGUUUACAAUUUCUGAGGUGAAUGCUUUGGAUGGAGAACAAUUUGAAGCAAUUUUCGGGAACGUCAUAGAGUUAUGUACUGAUGCAGCAGUGCAAGCGCAGAAGGAGAAACCGUUUAAAGAUGUCAAAAGGUUGUGUGAAGCUUUUGUUCGGUAUUUGGACAAUCUCACUGAACCAGAAAAGCUAGUGAUUCUACAACUGCACCCCGACUUAGCCGGGCGGAUGGCAGCACAGGGCGAACUAACCAGGGAAUCUACUGAGGAACAACGCAGCGCUGGUCUGCUGGACCUCUCCAAUGAGCAGAUGGAAACCAUCAACAUCAGGAACUAUAGUUACAGAGAGAAAUUCGGUUUUCCAUUUAUCAUCUGCGCCAGGGAGAACAAAGUACAGUCGAUAAUAGAAGGGUUGCAGCGUCGGUACAGAAACACCAAAGAACAAGAGAUAUGUAUAGGAAUAGAAGAAGUGAAGAAGAUAUGUCGGCUGAGGAUCCUGGAUAUCGUAAAAAAUGAUGGAUCAAUAUGAUUUGUCUAACCACUUCGUUAUAUUGUUAACCCUUGACUAAAUAGAGGUGUAUGUAUAUAUAUAUAUAUUUUUAAUGUAUAAUUGUAUGAUGCUUUUUUAACGAAUUAGGCAGUAGUUGUUUAAUAAAUAUAUUUUUAUUAACAUUGUUUUGGAUUGAUCUGACUUCCAUGAUGAUGCUUAAUGUUUCAUGGAAAUCAGAUCAAAAGUUUUUAAUGAUCUGGGACAUUUAGCUGGAUCAUAAGGUUCAGAAAAGUUAGGCUUUAUAAAUUUUUUAGUUAUUAAUAUUAUAAUGUAUCAUACUUAAUAAUAAUUCCGGUUCUUUUGUGAUAGGUUUGGGUUUUUUAACAUGUUCGGUGUUAGAAAAAAAAAACCAAAACGGUUUCAGAGGAGGUACACCUUAAGGGCAUAUAAGAAUGUUUUAUCUUAAAAAAGAUUUUAUGAAUAAUUUAUCAACAUACA